ACCAUAUAAAUUGUUCGUUGUCCGGCAGCACACGAAGUGCGCUUUGCCCGUACCGCGUUUAAAAAAACAAUUGUCAGAUAUUACUGCGGUGCGCGGGAAAAUACGCGAGUGCAAUCGUUUUUCGGCGCGCGUUUUGACAGUUUGUGACAGUGUGUGAUUUUUGGUGGUUUUUUGACAGAUACUUCAGAAUGGGCUCCCUGCCUCGGGUCUCAGUGGCUACGGGUGCGCGUGCGGCGGUCCCGGCCGCGCCGCUGCCCAACCACCUCGCCAGACUGUCUGGCAGUGACAGGACCGCCUUGGUGUAUGCAGAUGAAACCUGCAACGUUCGAGUCAGCUACGCCGAAAUGGCGGCCAGAACGAACACCCUGGCUAGAGCCAUCGCAGCACGCGCCAGGACCACUGGAGCGAACAGGGAUGGAGACUAUGUCAUAGCUGUGUGCAUGCAGCCGACGCACAACACAAUCCUGGCUCUGCUGGGCACAUGGAAGGCUGGAGCAGCAUACGUGCCAAUGGAGCCCACCUUCCCGCAGGCGAGGAUAUCGCACAUCCUAAAGGAUGCUGAGCCGUCCUUAAUUAUUUACGAUGACACAGCCAACCCCUCAAUGUUCUCCGCAAGCGGCAUUCCAGCAGUCUCCUUCGAAGAGCUGGCGAUCGAAGCCAGCGGGAUGUCGGCUGAUGACGUCAGAGAUGCAGAGACUCUGUCACACCCUCGGGUGGAGAGCAUCGCGAUCGUGCUGUACACUUCUGGCAGCACUGGCAUUCCUAAAGGUGUUCGUCUGCCCUAUUCAGCAAUCUGCAAUCGUCUCUGGUGGCAGUUCCGCACGUUUCCCUUUUCCUCCACUGAAGUGAACUGCGUUUGGAAGACGGCUCUGACCUUCGUAGACUCUGUCUGUGAAAUCUGGGGUCCUCUAUUGCAUGGGAGAACCUUGGUCAUUCUCUCUAGGGAGAUGACCAGAGACCCUCAGAAGCUGGUGCGGAUCUUAAGCGAGAAUCAGGUCCAAAGACUAGUUCUAGUGCCAACACUUCUUCGUUCCAUCCUCAUGUAUCUGUCCCUAAACCCAUCGGAACGCCCGCUCCAACUCCUCAAACUUUGGGUAUGCUCUGGAGAAACCCUUAGCAAGGAAUUGGCUCUGAAGUUCUUCCAGUAUUUUGGAGACCACGAAGGAUACAAACUGGCGAACUUCUACGGAAGUACUGAGGUCAUGGGUGAUGUGACAUUCUAUGUGCUGGAAAAGAGCGGGCAACUGGAUGUACAUCCUACGAUACCAAUUGGUGCACCAUUGGACAACUGUGCUGUAUACCUCUUGGACGAAGAAAUGAACCCAGCCCGUGAGUCGGAACCUGGAGAAGUGUGGGUGGCCGGUCACAACCUCGCCGCUGGCUAUGUAGGCGCCCAAGGAGCUGAUAAGUUCUGUGAUAACCCACAUGCUCAGCAUCCAGACUUCAGCCGUCUGUACCGCACUGGUGACUUCGGAGUCCUUCAAAAGGGGGUUAUUCUGUACGCUGGCCGUACUGACUCUCAAGUGAAGAUUAGAGGACACAGGGUCGACCUACAGGAGAUUGACAGAGCUGUUGCUGCUGUUCAAGGGAUUGAUAAAUGCGUGGUCCUCUGCUACGGGCUGGAGCGCGGCAACCCUGAGAUCCUGGCCUUCGUCACAGUACAACCAGAAGCAAGACUGGGCGCUCACCAUAUUGAGUCCAAGCUGAAGAACGCGCUUACACACUACAUGAUACCUCAGGUGAUCGUGAUUGACAGCAUUCCUUUGCUAGUAAAUGGAAAAGUAGACCGCCAAGCCCUUCUGAAGAUGUACGAGAACACAAACAAUAAUGACGACUCCACAAUUCCUCUAGAGAUAGACUACACGGGAGUAGCCCCUGAACACAUGGAAGCAGCCAGGGUGCUCUUCGAGACGGUGGGCGAAGUCCUAGGUCGCUCCGUCAGGGGUGCUGUUAGCGUGCGAGCUGGCUUCUAUGAAUUGGGCGGGAACUCACUUAACUCCAUCUAUACUAUUACGAGGUUGAGGGACAAGGGGUACUAUAUUGAAAUCAGCGACUUCCUCAGCGCAGCGAACCUCGGCGAGGUGCUGUCACAUCUCACGACCAGCCCCGACAGCGCUGCGGAGAGCCAGGAGCCCAAGUUCGGCGUGGAGCUGAUCAAGGAGGAAGAUGAGCAGAAGGUUAUUGACAUGAUAGUGUCUUCGUUCUACGAGAAGGCAGAGUUAGAAGAAUUCCUACGACACGAGAUCGCGACGAGCGAUUACGCGCACUGCGUCCACGCGUGCUGGCCGGCGUUGCUGCGCGCGCGCCUUAGCGUCGUGCUGAAGGAUUCAACCGGCAACCCAGUAGCAGUAGCACUCAACUUCGAUGCUCGGGAUGAGCCUGAAAUUGAACUGGCUGGUGGUCUGGCCAAGAUCAUGGCUUUCUUGGAGUACGUAGAGGGAUCUGUGAGGGACACCAUGCUGCCUGAAGGGAAAGGCGCCAUUCUCCACUCAUUUAUGAUGGCGACCGACGCCAACCUAAGUCCUCGUGACAACGUGGCGGCUAUCAGGGCUCUCGAACACGCCACCAUCCGUAUAGCAAGGGAGAGACGGUUCAAGGGUGUCUUCACUACUAAUACCAGUCCAUUGACUCAGCAACUAGGCACCGACGUGCUUGGCUUCCAGACCUUACUCGAUUAUCAGAUCAACCAGUACGUAGACGCAAAUGGAGAGAGGCCAUUCGGCAAAGCUGGCGACGAGAUGAGAGCCAUCGUCUGCUGGAAACCUGUAGACUGAGUCACCAAUCAACCUUAAAGCCCAGUGUUUAGACAGGAGAGUAAAGGUCAUAGCAGAUUUAUCGACUUGAAAAGGGAUCAACUCAGCCGCGCUGUUAACUGCGAGUAGGCGAGGCGUUGACCUUCGGUGCGGAUAAUAGUGUGCGUUGCAGUAUGGAGUUUCAUACAAAGAAUAUUGACUGCCUCGAAUUGAUGCGGUUACGAUCCGUUUCCGGGUUGAUAAGUGUGCUACGUCCUUAACGCGUAUAGAUUUAAAAGAAAAGCAAUGGAGAAGAUACUGUUGUAUUAUAGGUAUUUUUAUUUGGAUAAAGUGUCAAGAAGAUGUAGCAAAAGUUUAAAACAAGCUACCUAUGCAGGACCUCUAUAAGUAAUUUAAGUUAGAUUUUUAAACAAUUCAAGCGAGAUAAUAUUAUGUAGGUCUUUACUACAUAGGUAUUUAAGUUGUAAGUUUAAGUUUUAUUCGAAACUGCGUAGGUUUAAGUACCUAUUAGGAUAUAAACUGUUUGUAUCAUUUUCUGCAUACAUUUAUGCGCGUUUCAAGUUCAAAUGUAACAGUAAACUGUCAUUGGGUAUUUUAUGUAACUGUACACUCAAAAAAAAUAAUUUUUGAUUAAAAUAGAUUAAACAAGAAUCAAGCUUACUGCACUACAACUUACCUGUUGACCUUUAAACUCGUUUUACAAUAAUCUAAAAAUAGUUUAGUCAGGAAAAUGUUUAAUAGUAAUUCCAAACCAGUGUUAUACCUAGUUCUACCUAAUUUUAAUAAAGAAGUAGGUACCUAUGUGUAUAAAAAUAUACGUAAGGUACAACCUAAUAAUGCAUAAUUUUAUCUCUGUCUAAAAAGUUUAAAAAACUGUUUGCACUUUGUUUGUAGAGUAAGUGAAUGAGUAAGAAUAUUUAUUAUGCUCUCUUUUUCCUUUUUUAUAAUGCCAGUGAUGUUUUCUUAUUUAAUUCUUAGUUUUAGUAUUAUGUUUAACUGAUUGAUGUAUUUGUAUAUCAAAUAUUUAGAUAGCGUAUUACGGUUGUAACAGCUGCUAUGUUUCAACGAAAAUGUAGAGUCUAAUUAAUAUGUUGACGACUGACAUAUUUGCAAGUUUACCCAGAUAAUACUUAUUUCAAUAUACAAUAAAAUAUUAAUGUAAUAUUAACAUAAUAUCCUCAAGCCAGUGCAAUGUUUAACAAAAUUACUUGUAUGUAAAUACCUAUCUAUUUACUUAUUUGGUAAUAAUAUUCGCAAUAUUUUGAGCUAGAAAACCUUCCUACACCUAUAAUGUGAUAUUUACAAUAUUAAUUUAAGUAAUUAAUUAGUAAGUAGUAGUUAUUUGAUAAGUAUUUUUUAAGAUAAUAAUAAUAACAUUUGCCUACUUGCCGUAGAAAUAAGAUAAGCUUUAAAAUAUUUAUAGUUGAAGUUAUUGUUUAUUUUACUUUAUGUGAACUAUUAAUAAUGUCAAAAUUAUUAUAUUACUAAAGAGAUAGUUUUUAAACAUAAAUUAAUAUGUACCUAUACUAGAUCUCUGUGUUAUAGCUAUAGUUUUAAAAUGUUUUUUGAGCUAUGGAUUUAGUUUUAGUAAUAUUUUCCUAUAUUACGACACCUUAAAAUUAAAUAAUAAGUACAACGAAGUGUACAAAUGGAUUGCCGGCAUAAGAAUGGCGAAAAAUUGUAUGCCAGCAUUUUAAAUUAUUACAAUAUUUUUAGUAAGUGAGUACUCUGCUACCAUUUAAAAU